CCGAAGAUGCCGAGCUGAAUGUGUGUGUGUGCGCGCGCGCGUGUGUAUGAGAGAAGCCCAGAGAGGGUGUGAGGGUGUGUGUAUGUACAUGUACAUGCGUGUGUGUGAGCGAGCGUGCAUUCUCCUCGGGCUUCUGUGGAGGAGUACAGGAACAGUGUAAUUCGGAUUUCUCACGUAUUUUAUUCUGGAAGUGCUGAUUAUACUGUAUAGCGCUGAAUGAAGCAGCUCUGAUCGCAGCGAUGACCGUACAAGCUAGCCUGCAGGCUUGGUGUGGAGAGAAGUUUGAGUCACCUCUGCAAAGCCCGCGCUCGCCCCUCAUCCCUCGUCACGGCCCUGGACUUGCAGAUGUUUUUCAGUACGACCAGUGGCUUGCUGUACGACAUGAAGCUACGCUUUUUCCCAUGCAGGAAGACCUCGCCAUCUGGCUGACUGACAUUCUAGGUGAAAAAAUAAGGGCUGAGCACUUUAUGGAUGAGCUGGAUAACGGGGUGAAGCUUUGUCGACUUGCUGAAAUUCUGCAAAGCAAAAUUCCCGAAGACUGUCUCCUGGACAAGAAACAGCGAUAUCCUAUGAAGAAAGUGGCAUUUAAGAAAACCGCUUCUCCAGGCUCAUUUUUCGCCCGGGACAACACCGCCAACUUCCUGUCAUGGUGCCGUCAGAUCGGAGUAGAUGAGACUUAUUUGUUCGAGUCCGAGGGCUUGGUUUUACACAAGAACCCUCGGCAAGUGUGUCUGUGUUUGUUGGAACUCGGCCGGAUCAUCUCUAAGUAUGGCGUAGAACCCCCUGUGCUGGUGAAACUGGAGAAGGAGAUCGAGUUGGAAGAAUCUUUGCUAAUGGCAGGAGAUCCUGCUCCUCCAAUUAAAACUUUUACUGUGUGCUGCCAACAUGGAGGCUUCCAUCAUGCUGACUCUGACUCAGAUGACCUUCCCUGUAAUUGCUCACAGAGGUUUUCUAUCGAGUAUCUGGCAGAGGGACGUUACAGGUUGGGGGAAAAGAUCCUCUUCAUUCGGAUGCUGCAUGGGAAGCAUGUGAUGGUGCGCGUGGGUGGGGGAUGGGAUACGCUAAAGGGUUUCCUGAUGAAGAAUGACCCUGAUCGUGUGCUGCAGUUCACUACCCUGGAGCAGAAGAUUCUGGCAUUUCAGAAAGGCUCCUCCGUCCCAGACUCAGUCCUCAACACACAGACUCCUCAGCCGCCCACCAUGGACCCUCUCGCUGCCGUCAACCUUCUCCCCUCCUCUUCCGCCCCUUCCUCUUCAGCUUCUUCCUCCUCGACUCCUGUUCCACACACAAAACCAGGUACACCUGCCUCUGGCGCAGUUACGCCACGAGGCGUUGUCCAGUCCCCAGUCUCCACCCCGUCCCUUCCAAGGAAAACUGCAGCUCCUAAAAAGAAACUUCAAGUGUCCAGUGUCUCUCCCAAGACCACUGCACUCUCCUCAAACACUACAAAAAAGAGCCCUUUAGUCCAACCCUCCCCACCAGUUUUUGGUUUCCAGAAAUCACCCCUUAUCAUCUCUGACCGGAAGCAGCGCAAAUGUGGUGUUCCUUCUCAGCCGCGUAGUCCUGUGUGCCCAGAGCCAAGCUGCAAACAAGCCAAAUCAUCAGCCACCCCCAUAGCAAAUACUUCUCAGCGGGAUGGCCGACCACCUCGAGCACCUCUUCGUACUCGUCCCGCCAUGAGACCACCCAUCUCCUCUGUUACCACACGUCUACAAACGGACACAAAAAAGGGACGCCCUGUUUCCCCUCAACCAGCAGGCCUUACAAGGACUCCUAAAGAGACCAAGCCCUCCUUAGCAAAAGUUUUAGAAAAGCCCAAACAACCAGUAGCAAAAACUCAAAGAGUGAACAGACCUGCACCAGCAAAUGCUAAAUCCGGAGUUCAAAUUUCUACUCCCUCUUCCCAAGUCUCAAAAUAUUCUCAACCCUCCAGGACGAAAAAUCCAACAGGACCAUCUACCAAUGGGACCAUAGCGCCAAAGGCUGCACAGCCGCCAACUACAAAAUCCACACACACUACAGACAGAAAAGCCCAAGGCAGCAAUAAUAGAGCACUCAAAACUAACUCUGCCCCGGUCAGAGCAGUUAAAGCGACCCCGAUCACCACCACGCAAAAGAAACCAACGAGUCAAACUGGGGUCUCCAAGAAGGGAGACAAGCCCUACUUUGAGAUGACCAGUAAAAAGAAGCAAUGAACUUAAUGGGAGCUAGAACUUGCAGGGCUUUUUAUGUGGUAGUAGUAGUAGUGGUGGUGGUGGUGGUGGUUUUGAGUACUUUUUUUUUUUUUUUUUUUUUACCCUUGGUAUAGCACUUUAAGGUACAGGCCCAAGGCAUUAGCAGCACGCAAUGAGUAAAGUUUGUAUAGCAUCAAUGUUUCUGUUCUUAACUAUGUGUUUAUAUUUUACAUGUUUUAUAAUUUAUUUGAUUUAAAUUUAUUUGUCCCACAAAGGUCAUUCGUGGAAAAAGGUCAAGAGAUAACGUCUGGUCGAUUUUAAGAGUAAACACUCAAUAUCCUGUAAACUAACUUUUCAACAUCCAUGUGUAUUUGUGUAACAUCAAGAUGGUUUGGCAUUCUAGAUGAAAUAACUAGCUGUAGAUUUAAAUGGUUCUUUUUGGGGAAGAUCACUAAUUAAUUAUUUAUUAUGAUUUAGGAACAAUAACAUGCAUUAAGAACAAUAAUCGUUAGAGAUUUAGCAGUUAAUCACCUGCCUGAGUAUUCUCCCAUAAGUAGUAAUUCCAUGAUAAUCGCUCUUUAACAUGAUGUAAUGCAGUCCAAUAACAGCAACCUCUUACAGGUUUUGUGGUUAUCCAGUUGCCUAGCCAUUCAAAAAUAGGAACUACCUCUAGAAGUGAAUACGAAUUUCCACGUGUACUGCUGAUUAAGUGAAGCUCAUACUGAUCAAUAUUAAUGUCAAAAUUACUGAUUUAUUUAAAGAAUUAUUUACAGCACAAUCCAAACCUGACUGUUUUACAGUUGCCUUUAUGGCUAUAUGUCUUUUGUUUUCUUUGUCAAUGUCUAUAUGUUUGAUUUUUCUGAUUUAUCUGUGUAUUUUAUUGCACUUUACAAUAAUUAUUUUAAAUGUAGUCUCUUUAAUGUCCUGUAAAUUCUUUGUGUCUAAUAAAAGUGUCUUUGGGUAACACA